AUGUAUUCUCAAGUACCUCAGCACCAAGACUCACAGCAGCAGCUGAGGCCACGGAUAGUUGCCUGGCAAACGCCUGACAGCUACGCAAAGGAAGACGACUCGGGAAUUUACGAUACUGAAGCUAAAAUUGAGGUUACCGCUCAGUGCAGACCCAAAGAGGACGUUUACCAGGUGCUUAAGGAGGUCAUUCGAGUGCAUCCCAGUCUCUCUCCGAAACACCGUGAAUUGCUGGGAAACACUGUGAAGGGCUUGAUAGCCGACCGCUGCGUAGCGCAUUCUAUGAUCUCUGCCAUGCGAGCUAUGCUCUCUGCUGCUGGCACUGCUUGGCAAAUUGCUCGGGGAAAUUCAGCAGCUGCCGCUGUGUGUCUGGCUGCUGCUGGUGUCGCCGCUGAGCUUACUAUGGCUGGCGUGUCCCCUAGAGAGGCUGGAAAGCGAGCAGCAGAAGUAGCUGUCGCCAAGGGUGUAGGGGCCACGAGAAACCUUGUGUCUAGGCAUAAAGUGGAGCAACAGCGCCAGCACAACGCCGCCGCUGCUGCUGCUGCACUGAGGCGCGCCCAGGAAGCAGCAGAAGCAGCGGGUGAUUAUUCUGGUAAUGAAACACAGGAGAACCCCUCCAGCACUAAUCGUCAGAAUGUGGAACUUCGCAGUCCACCUUUGCCAGCCCCAGAUUCUGCGGCGGCUCUGAGCGCCGGUGUACACGUUCCCCAGUAUCUGGUGGAGACUGCAACGUCAGAGGCUGUGCUACAGAUGGCUGCUUAUUUCGACAAGAGACUUGACCUCUUUCUUCGUCUCCUAGCUGAUGAAAUCCGAAACCUGGCGAGAAGCACCUGGAAACUUGUCGAAGAAAAGCUCUUGCCCGCUACUGACUCGAAGGAAGCGAAGGUUUUUUACUUGCAACUCAGCGCUGACACUGCGCGGUAUACCUCGCAGGUAGUAAACGACACAGAGGAGGAAAAUCGACUCAGGAAACAGAGUAUUCAGUUUUACCGGACUGCCCUUGCACUCUUUGAGGCAAAACCUGCAGAACAAAAGGAAGGCCAAAAGGCGGAAGGCAAAGAUGAACAACAAACACUCCUCGGUGCAAAAAUGGGACUAAAGCUCAACUAUGCAGUGCUGUUGCAUGACGAGGAGAAUGGAAUCCAGGAAGCAAUAGACGUGUUGGCUGAUCAAUUCCGAGAAGCUGUGGCGAAUGUCGUGCACAUCACAGAUGGGGAAGAGAGCCGCCGCGUAAUGACGAUAAUGAGUCUCAUCAGAGGAAAUGUUGAGAACUGGUGCCGCGAGCUCGGUCGGAACGACGCGACGGCCCUUCUGGGUUUGGACGGAUCAGCGGCUCCGGUCAUAUGA